GUCAGAGGUGACAAACAUGGAUGCGCCCGUGAAAGCACACGAAUUCUUGCAUGGUAUUGACAAAUCUAGUCUCAUUGGAAUUACGCACGGGUUGGAUGCAGAUACGUUAGUAUUUACACACUCCAGACAUCACAUUGUCGUGGAGAAUGUAAAAGAUCGAGUGACAGUCAGCAGCUGGAGUAUGAAGCAGAUUCAUCACAUCACUGCACCAGCUGUUUACAGCCCAAACAGAAAUCAGUUCUUAACCGUUGUCAAUAAAAAUGUUAUACAUUGUUGGGACAAGGAUUCCAAAAUUGAGCAGGCAAAGAAAUAUUCUUUUCAGAAGCCAAUACACCAGUUGUUCUCCACGGCAACCAUGGAACCAAUAAUACUCCAUGCAAAUGGCAGAGUUCAGUUGUUCAGCAUUGGUGUAGCACAACGAAAGCAGCUGCUAGCUGCCCUGAUCUCAACUGCUGAACACAUAGUAUGGAGUGAUGCGGUCGAAUUGAACAGUCACAUUAUGUCGGUCAUGGUCACACAAACAAAGGAGUAUGAGUACAAGAUAUACAUCCAGGCACUAGUAGAUCCACAGAGCACUGUGGAAACUGUAGAUGCUCCACUCUUGCUGCAAGCUGGCACACAUGUAUCUUCCUGUUGCUUACACCAAACAAUCAAUAAGAAAUUUGACAUUUUGAUGCUAUUGUCAGAUGGGCAACUGUGUAGCAUUCCCACGGAGGCUGUCACCCAUCAAAGUCUAAAUACCAUGGAUUACAAUUUACACAAGAUUCCCUGUACAGUUGAGAAAAAUGUUUCCAUAACUUCUACUGGACCAAGUAAUGUUGCUGCUGCACCUGUGAAACUGGACAAUAUUGAUGUGUUAGGCAUUUGGAACCUGAGAUUUGGCACACUCGUACACAAAAUACCACUCUCCUCGCCAGUACACAAAGCUAGUCAGUUGUUCUACAAUGGUGAACAGCUGUUUCUGCCAUGUGCUGACAGCGUGCUUGCAUUUCCUCAUGAGUCUCAGCCAUCCACACUCGCAUCUGUUCUUGGAAUGUCGACAGGCAUGGUUGAUCCUAUGAAUAGAGGAUCCAAUGAAACAGAGAAGUUGUGUAGUCUGCUGAAAGCAGGAGACCUAACCAACCUCACAAGCUCUAAGGUGAAGCAGUUGCUGCAAAGCAGCCUACUGGAUACAAAAGCAUUUCCAAGAGACAACCUACUACAGUUUGUCAGAUCUGGUCUGAUCAGAAGCAGCAUCUUGCAAGAUUUUGUGCCAAAGUUGAUACAGAAAAAAGACGUUUACUUGUUGCAUGAAGCAAUGAAGUAUCUACCAGAUGUUUCCGAUUUCACGAUGGUUCAAGUACUUGACUUUUACCUUAGCCAAGAAAAUGGUGCAUUUAGCGAAAUUGUUGCCCCGCCUCAGGAGAUUGCCACUCUCAUGGGGCCUUUGGUGGAUAGGCUAGCAGAGGUGAAUAACAAUGGAGCGGAUGAAGAUGCAGAUGUGCCUGCCACCUACAGGCAGUGGACAGGCAAGGCAGUAGCCAUAGACCAGCUUCUCUCGAUGAAAUACAAUGAUGUUGUUCUCAUGCAGGAGCUGCAGAAACUUCAACUAGAUCGUGUUUUGGUACUCUUGCAAUAUCUAUACUGUAAGCUAAAGCACAGCCCUAUAAAAGAGGAGGCUACAGGAACACCAGACAUCACACAGGUGUGUGACUGGCUGUCCCUUCUUCUUGAUGCCCACUUCAGCUCGUUUGUGCUGGACAAGAAAUCUCAUGUCAUACUGUUAAAGAUUGUAGCAUUUGUCUCUGAUCAGGUUCACGUGUACAAUGAGCUAGCAAGCCUCGAACCAAUACUAAUGCAGUUGCGGGAACAACUACAGCUUCCAACACAGAAAUAUGUUGGUGAUUACUGCAUAGAAAUCUUGUGUAUACGGUAGCAGCUACAUCUCCCAGUGCAGAAAUACGUUGGUGAUUACGGCAUGGAAGUCCUGUACCUGUAUAUGGUAUUAGCUACAUGAGAACAUGUUUUGUUGUGAUAGCUAUAAUCAUUUAAAAUCACAAACUAUUUAGAUUUAGUCUUUUAGCAUGUUAACAACACAUAUUCAUUCAGUUGCAUUAAAUGAGAACGUUACCCAAUUGAUAAAAUUGUUAUAAUGUCGUCGGGAUGAUUUCAUUCAACUACUUGCCUUUAGUAUUUACAAUCAUGCAAAUUAAAAAUAUUCGUGAAAACUUUUGUAUCUGUGCAAUUUUAAUGAAUGUCAUCUCAAUCCAUGUAUCCUUUUUGAAUUAUAUGUAAACUGGUAUCAAGGGUAUUUCAUAUUUGUAAUAAAGUUCAUAAUAUACUGUAGUUACUUUGAAA